CGGCGGCGCCGGGAAACGGCAUUGCGCGUGCGCACUUCCCCCGCGCGGGCCCGAGUGGUGUGCUGCUCUUCGGUUUCCGUCGUCCCCGCCGCAUCCCCAACUCCCGGUCCGGGACGCUCGUGCCCGGAGCUCGGAAUGUUCCCGGAACUCAAUAACCUUCUCAACACCACCCCUGACCGGGCGGAGCAGGGGAAACUGACUCUACUCUGUGAUGCCAAGACAGAUGGCAGCUUCCUCGUGCACCACUUUCUCUCCUUCUACCUCAAAGCUAAUUGCAAAGUCUGCUUUGUGGCACUCAUCCAGUCCUUCAGUCACUACAAUAUCGUGGGACAGAAGUUGGGUGUCAGCCUGACUGCGGCCCGGGAAUCCGGGCAGCUUGUGUUCCUCGAGGGACUUAAGUCUUCGGUGGAUGUCUUCUUCCGAGCUCAGGCAGCGCCACACCCCCUGCAGUUCCUCAGGGAAGCCGAUGCUGGGAACCUGCAGCCUCUGUACGAGUUUGUGCGAGAGGCUCUGAAGCCCGUGGGUGAUGGACAGGCCGCAUGGAGGUGCCCGGUGCUGCUGGUGGACGACCUCAGCGUGCUGCUGAGCCUGGGCCUGGGGGCGGUGGCUGUGUUGGACUUCGUCCACUACUGCAGAGUUGCCGUGUGCUGGGAGCGAAAGGGAAACAUUGUGGCCCUGGUACACGACAGUGGAGACGCUGAGGACGAGGAGAAUGACAUCCUCUUGAACGGCCUUAGUCACCAGAGCCACCUGAUCCUGCGGGCCGAGGGCCUGGCUACGGGCUUUUGCAGGGACGUGCAUGGACAGCUGAGGGUCCUCUGGCGGACACCAUCGCAGCCCGCGGCCCAGCGGGACCGGAGCCUCACUUACCAGUACAAGAUACAGGACAAGAGCGUGUCCUUUUUUGCUAAAGGAAUGUCCCCGGCUGUUCUGUGACCUGAUUGAGGAGCCCAUGUCAUGACCUUGGACUGUCUUCAGAUGUGAACGAUAAAGCGACGGGUCGGAAUGGGCCUGUACGCGUUUGAAGUGGCAUUUCAGCCUGGGCCGGCAGCCCCACCGCGGUGCGGGAGGGGAAUGGGGCUGUGACGGCACGCCCUAGAUCCCCGGGGCCCCGUUCAGAAGACACAGAAGGAACAGCCACCUGGCCUCUGCGGAGAGAGACGCUGCAUGUUGAAACCAGGGAAAGUGGUCCCGGGAGCCUUUCAUUAAACACGCUUUAGCCUCAA